AUGUCAGACAAAGCCGCGAAAGUAGCACGGCCAGUUUCCGUCGACGAACUAUGCAGCCUAGCAAAGAAGGUCGUGGACAUAUUCGCACAGCAUGACCUUUCGUGCUGUCUCACGGGCGACCUGGCAUGUGCCCUGCAGAGCGUACCGAGACGCCCCUACGAUCUCGUCGUGGUCGUGGCGUCGGAGGCGCACAAGCAGGAGCAGCUGAAGGAGAUGGCGACCGAAACCGACCCCGACUUCUACCUCAUCACGCCCAAGGAUCCUCGCGCGAAGCACAAGGCCCUCUGCUACAAGCUUCCACACCAGUCCGGGGAGCGCAAGCGUGGCUGCGAAGUCCACGUCCUCGUCCCCGGCAUGCUCAACAUCCCCGAGAUUCCCAAGGACCGCAUCGAGACGCUCCGCGGUCUGCCCGUGAUGCCCCUCCCCGUUCUCAUGUUCAUGAAGCUCCAGACCUGGUCUGACCGACGCGUGUCUGUCCAAUCGUACAUGAAGACUAAGCAGCAUGACGAAGACGUUAAGGACAUCCGCGAACUCUUGGCUGUCAUACGAGGUCGCGGCGGAGAUCUGAGCACGAAGGCGCUAUUGGAGUGGCUGCCGCUCACAGCUGUCUUCGCGGCGCUGGGUAGAAUGACCGAGUUCGCUAACGUUUUCCCGGACUCGGAAACGAACUGGAGGGUGGUCGGCGCUCUGAAGUGA